AUGAAGACCCACCUGCUUUGGCUGCUGCUCCUGACCUUGCUGGGAUGGUCAGCUGAGGCGCUGAAGUGUUACGAGUGCACCUCAACAGAAAACUGUCUCCAGCCCACAAUUUGUGACGCCAAUGCCCACUACUGCCUGACCAUAUGGAACACUCCUCCCGGUCUGCAAGUGGUGGUUAUAAAAGCCUGUGCUUACACCUGCCCCGGAGUCGAAGAGAGCCUGGUCUACUCCAGGGCCUCCUGCUGCAACACGGACCUCUGCAAUGGUGCUUCGAGUCACCUCGCCAGCUGGGGGCUGCUGCUGGUUCUCAGCGUCUGGUGCUUCUACAGCAGCCGGUAGGCAGAGCUCAGCCCCACACAUGGAAUGAACUGCGGAAUUGAGUCCGGAGCUGGGUCGCAUCGCGCAGCUGCUGUGCUUUGUGGCUCUCCCGCAAGGAGAAGGGUUCCAGAAAGAGUGCCCACAGAUGUGCAGCCCUGGGGAGACACAUCAAUGGAGGUCCUUGCUGUCGUCCAGGAUGCUGUAUACAGACCGCUGGCCUGGAGAGCUGGCCGCUGCUGGCCUCCAGGUGCCAGGGCAAGUGGGAGGAAAUUGAAACUUUUUGAAAUUGUUACUGAGCUGGGAAUUGAGGCAGGUGCCUCAUUUUACUACAUCUGGCUCCUUAUACUCAUCCACCUCAGAGGACCUGGGCUUGCUUACCAAUGCCCUGAUGGGUCCUUAUCUACUACCUCCUGCUUCAAGUUGGGUCCAAAGACCAGUGGCAAAUAAAAACCCCCAUGCAAGAGCCUCCUGCCCAGCAGUGAGGUGGGGCAGCAGCCCAUCUGAGGCUGAGUCCUCUGAGCACUGAGUGCGUGGGGCAGCAAGUGCAGGCAAAGGCAGCUAUGCAGCCCCGUCCCAGGAUGCCCAGCCUAGGAUUCUCUUCUGGAAUGGCAUCAACCUCCAGAGGAAGCUCUGCCCAUAUGAACUCUAGUGAAACAUGGAGCAAAGAAACAUCCAGAACAGGGAGGGCAGGGGGUACUUCCACCAGCUGUGAGGACUUGGGCUUCCCAGCCAAGGCCUGAAAGUUACUUACCCUCGUUGCCCAUGGCCUGGCUAGCUGGCGGGCAGGCCCAGGACAGCCUGCCCAUCUCAUGCAUUUCACAGUCUCUAUUAAAGAAUGUUUAUUCCUUCCAGAGA